UACGAUUUAUCAAAAGGAACUAGAUUACCGGGAUCACGGUCACUUCGGAUUGCGCUCGUUCGAGCAGACGUCCCGUUUCCCACAGCCUCACGGGCUCCAUGAAGGAUGCGCGUGCGCUCGGGCACACGCGCUUGAUGAGGCGGCCGGUGCUAUCAUGCGUGUGUUGGCCGAGGCCAGCGUUCAGUGCCUGCGGCUCGCCUUCCUGCUGAUGGUGGCGGCCGGCGCGGCGCCCUCUCCGGCUCUGAGCGCCGGCUGCCCCGAGCGCUGCGUGUGUGACGAGCAGCUGGUGGUACAGUGCGCCGGGCAGCGGCUGAGCGUCUUCCCCGUGGACCUACCGCUUGCCACGCGCCAGCUGAUCCUGAGCGACAACCGCAUUGGCGAGCUGCCGCCGCUGCAACUUAACUAUCUGUCCGACCUGGUGUACCUGGACUGCAGCAACAACUCUCUGACCGAGAUCUCAGAGUCGACGUUCGGCAACCUCCGUAAGCUCGCCUACUUGGACCUGUCGUUCAACGCGCUAGCGCGCAUCGAGGACCGCACGUUCGGCGCACUCGUCAGCCUUGUCAUGUUACGCCUCACAGACAACCCGGGCCUGUCCGAGAUCCAUGCGGACGCAUUCGCUGAAAAUAGCGCGCUGCAGGUUCUCGACGUGAGCCGAAACAACUUGACGACGCUCAACGUGAGCACUCUGGUGGCGCUUCCAGCUUUACGCGCUCUCGGCCUCAGCGGAAACCCUUGGCGCUGCGACUGUGACACUGAGGACCUCUGCCUGUGGGUGCACAUCGAGGGCUUCAAGUUUCAAGAUGAAGGUCAAACGGUGUGCCAGAGUCCAGCGGAGCUGCGUGGUCGUCGCCUGGCUGAGGUGGGCAUGCAGCUGCGCUCUGAAUGCCAUCAGGGUCUGGGCUACUGGGACUACCUGUUCUUCAUUGCCAUUGGCUUCGUCAUCUUCUCAGCAGGCACCGUUUCAGCCUGGGUGAUGGGUGUGCUCAUGGUGCUCUAUGAGCGCUACAGCAAAAGGAAGAGUGAGGAGGUGGACAGCUUAGAUGAUGAGAACGUGCCUAUCCGCAACGCUGGGAGUAGCCAUGGCAACGGGGACCUGAGCAAGCCCAGCAUGCAGGUGUGAUCAGGGGGUUGGAUGAGGAUGACGAUGAUCACCGCUACCCCCUUAACACAUAACAGGAGGACAAAAAGUGGAGCAGUGGAAAGGAUACUGGCCACUAAUUACCAAGAUGGAGUAUGGCAUUUUUAAUGACAAAGGUGACUUGAAUGCACUCUGUGAAUGUGUCAGAGUAGAUGUUCCGUUAAAAGGAAGGAAAAAGAGAAAAAGCCACAUAGAGUGCAUUUAUUUCCCCCCAAAUGAUCAUUUUGGGUUCCAAGUAGUU